AUGCGUUCGGUCCGGACAAGGCUCUUGGAACAUAGAUCCAAGAUUAAACAUCAGAUCACGGAGGCACCUCUUGUGCAACAUUUUAUGGAGAUGGGACAUGGAUGUAAUGAUUUUAAGUUUCUGAGAGUAACUAGACAGCGAUUUUCCUUUGAAUCGUUAUCAAUUCACAUCCCUUCCUGUUUAUACCAGGAUAAAAAUUAUUAUCAUGAUGGAGGCUUUGCUGAUGAUAAAUAUAGGAGACCCUGGACAAGAGUUUCAGCUGAUUCUACUCAAAUUACAUUAAAUAUUUCUGUGCUUGAUUAUUGGAAGAAAUGUCUCUACAUAGAAGAUUUCUUGGAAAAGAAACCCAUUUCAAGCACUCUCUUCCACAUCCAUAAUGAAGAUGUUGAAGUUGUUCCAAGUUCAAAUCCUUGUUCACAGUUGGAUAUAGAAGAUGCCUAUAUGCUUAUGAAGGAUGCCAACAAGGCAGACAUUUCUUAUGCCAGUCAACUGCAGUCUAAUUAUGUUCCAGUCGUGCUUAAACAGCAAGAAGGUUUAUAUAUUGAAGAUGAACUCAUUUUUACGGACAAUUUGAUACAAUAUGCUAAAUGGCUACCUACUCUGCGUACGCUCUUGAGCCGACUAAACAUUUUCCACAUGCAGGAUCCCCUUUUAAAUUCUGAAGGUGACAAUAUCACAGAAGAGGACAUUUUCAGGGAGUGCUUAACUUUCAAAAGGAGUGUGAUGCCUCAAUCAAAACAAAAAGAACUACAUGAAGAUUUUUGCAAAUUUUCUUUAAAGGAUGAAGAGACGCUUGUACUUCCUAUUCAAUUACAUUUCUACAAAACAACAAACUUCAGGCUGGAUACUGAGAUUCCCACCUAUUUGGCUCUGAAAUCUUUAUUACAAGUAACUCCGGAAGUUAUAGGAGAUGAAAAUGAAUGUUUCAAAAUAAUUAGCCAAGACUUUAGAGUGAAAAUUACUCCUGAGAAAAUAGAGAGUUCAAAAUACUGCUAUACACAAGAAGUUGGUAACAGAAAUGCACUGGAAUUCAGCAACCUGGCAAGUCAUGCUUCAUUCUAUCCUGGAGAACUGGAUGUACCACUGACUCCUCCGAGUAAAUCAGAGAAAUUGCAUGUGAAUUCACAGCACGCACAAUUACAAUCAGAACCAAUUUCUCCCAUUAGUAAAAGUGAUUUUAUUACAGAAUCCACUGCAGAGUACUUAGAAGGCCUGAUGUGGCAAUCAGAGAAAUACCAAAACCUUAUGAAUUCCCUUUUGCUCACAGAAAAUCAGACUUUUGUACCUCUGUGUCAACAGCUUCCAGUUACAGAACUGAAAACACUGUUGUCUAUACAUGAAGACAUCUCAGUGUUCAACUCCUUGGAAGAAGAUGGAUGGAUUAAUUUAUGGGGGGAAAUGCCUUUACCAUGUGUUUUAGAAACACUGAGUACAGAUUUAAGUGACAGAGAAAGUCUUGUUUGUGCUAAUGUAGAAGCAUUCUCAAAAAUGACUGACUCUCAGUUAGACAAAUGGCUUGAACAGAAGAGUUCUUUUCUGGACAGUAAACUGGAGUCUUUCAGUGUCCCUGAUGAUAGUGAAACAAAGGAUUCCUGUUGGUCUCUUCAAAAGAAAGAUAUAUUUCCUGCACAGUCCUUGGGGCCUACAUCAGUACAAUACAUUGGCUCUCUAACAGGAGACAACACACCUAUUGGAAGUCACAUGAGAGAAAUCAAAUUGCAGAGUGAAACUGGAAAAGUGAUGCAUUUUGGAAACCAAGAAGAUGAAAAACAUGAUCCAAUACAACCAGUCAGUUGCAAGGAGGUGUCCUUUGAAUCAAACAGCGCACCAGGAAACAAAAAGCCUAGCCCUUUUGAAUUGCCUAAAAAAAGUAGGGAUGAUUUUGACCUUUUGAGCAACUUUAUCAUGCUGAGAUCUAAACGUAUGAUCAUCCAAAAUGAGGAAGCAAACAAUGUGGAUAUUCAAAAAGAAGGUAGGUUAAGUGAGGAGAGCCCAGCAUUUGAAAACCACACCAGUCCUGUUGUUCUUAAUGCUGCCGUCCCUAUGGAAAAGCCAACAAAGGAAAAUGAAACAAUAGCCUCCAUUGAAAUUAAAGCAUCAGAGAGCCAGAUUCAGGCAUAUCAUGUCCUUGAAGCAGCAGUGGCUCCAGUUUUGAAAGAGCUCAUGACUCUUGGCAUGAAUAAUUGGAGGUUUGCUACCCUUAAUUUUGAUGAAACCAGGUUUUUUUUAAAACAGCAAGAGAAGGUGAUCAGUGAUACUUUGAAACAAGGUGUGACUGAUACCAAAGAUGCAAAAGAUACUACACUAUUCAAACAUGCUGCUAUUCUUCAUUUGCUGGUAACAGUUCGAGAUCUCUUAUUAACAUGUAGCUUGAACACUGCACUAGGAUAUUUGUCCAAGGCAAAAGAUAGAUAUAAGGACUUCCUAGGUUCCAGCCUGGAUAAUAUUUGGAGACAGUUGGAGAUUGUGCAGUUUGUCAUACAGAAACAUGAAACCAUCCCCAAGAUAACAGAAUUGCAGCACCAAAUGUUCAAAUGGAUGCAAAGUAAUGUGAAUGACCAGAAUAAGGCAGUAAUUGUGACUAGAAUGGAUUUUGAUGAAGAAACAGCUGCCCUGAUCAACACCGUCAGUGCAGUGCAAGGCUUGAAAAUUGUAUAUCUGGAGUGUGAGAAAAGAGGAACUUUUCUAGAGAGCAAAAAUGUAAUAAAUAGUUUGGAAAUAUAUUCUUGUGUGGUUGUACGUAAUCAGCACAUUGGACCUGAUUUUCCGUGGACUCGUUUUUCAUUAGUGGUGGAGUAUAACUAUUCAGAAAAUUCCUGUUGGAUUGAUCAUUGCAAAAAUCUGAGUGUUUCUUAUAUGACUUUCAGAACAGCUCUCCCAGAAACUGCUGGAAUUGAAGAGGUUUCGCCAGAUAAUUUUGGAUGGGUCCUUCAGAAGUUGCAAAUCCCCUAUGUUUUUCUGACAUCUGAGGGACUUCUCAACACCCCAGAAAUUCUCCAGUUACUGGAGUCCAAGUACAAUAUUUCAUUUAUUGAGAGAAGCUGCUGUGACGCAUUACAGUUUUUUGGGAGCACAGAGCGUUAUGUUGUGAUGGCUAUUGAUGAAUGCACUGCUAUUGUUAUGCAGAAUGUGGAAGAACUCAAUUAUGAAAAGUCUUCUGAUAAUAUUGUAUUAAGACUGAUGGUGCUAUCACUCCAGUACAGCGCUUGUUGGAUCAUUUUAUACUCCAGAGAAAGAUUAAAUUCUAAGUACAGCCUAGCUGGAAAGACUCUGCAUCACCUAGCCUUGAUUUAUGCAGCCUUGGUUCCAUUUGCUCAGAAAUCAGAAGACUUUGAAGUGAAGGUGGCUCUUACACCAGGAGUUGAAGAGACUGCGCUCUUAGUUCGUCAGAUUGCUGACCAUAUUCUAAUGAAUUCUAAAAGGCACCCUCAGGAGUGGUUGGACAAAUCCUGGCUCUCUGUCUUGCCAUUAGAGGCAGAGAAAUACUUGCUUACAUUUCCAUGCAUGAACCCUCUAGUGGCUCAAGUCAUGUUAAAGAAAAGUUCUUCGCUGGAGUGGCUUCUGUCAGCAACAUUUGACCAGCUCCAAGAACUUCUGCCUGAAGUGCCAGAAAAAGUUUUGAAGCUCUUUAGUGACAUCACCUCAUUGUACACCUUAAACCCUCCAACAGAGUCACAACUUCUAAAAGAAACAGUGCCACUUGAAGAAAACAUGAACCCUGCCAUCAGCCCCUGUUCUCAAGUUCCCAGUUCUAAAGUGUUGUUAUCCAGCUUUCAAGGACAUAGUCCCUUGACUGAGUAUUCAGGUUGCUUUCAUGAAGUACAGAAAAGCAAAAGCCAUUCCCCACCUUACUGCCAAAAUGAGUCUUGCACUCCUAUGAAAUCAGCUGCAAGGCACAAUUUUAUGGCACUGUCAGUAUCAGGCAAAGGAGAUGUUUGUUCCUUUCAGGAUAAUAUAGGGGGGGAGAGGCAACAGUACCUCCCAUUUCUGAAAACAAUGGAAACAGAAAGAAGAGUAGGUUCAUCACGCCUAUCACCAAACAAUCUUGGCAGACUUACCCAUAUUAACUUUCAAGCCACCAUGCCAUAUUUGGGGUACAACCAAGGCAACACUAAUACUAACCUUGUAAAUGGCCCACAAAACAGAAUGCGCCUUCCGAAAGAAGCAGAGGUCCCAGUCUUGUUAAAGAACUGUACCGAUCAAGAUGUUGAAAAUGUAUAUGGCAUGAAAACGCAGCCUCUUGUGAAGCAACAUAACUCUACUCAGGAUUUUCAACAUUCUUGGUACCCUGACUCUGAUAGAGAAGAUGUCCCAUUCCAGCAGAGCUCUGACAGUUUUCUAGGAGAAUUUGGAGGGACAGCACGUAGCAGUCCAGAAUGUCGGUUUGAGGAGAGGUUUUGGGAUGGCCAUCCAUUCAUGCAAGCCAUGUAUUCCUCUCCCCAUGAUCCAAGUUUCUAUAAAACAACAUCCAACCUAGAUAGGUUCUUUAACCUGGACGUUCAAACGACUGCAGAAUAUACAGGAAAGAAAAAAACCAAUGUAUUAACAUGUAAUCAAAGAGAACGAGAUGUUUCAGCAGGUUUAGAAUUCACCCAGCUACCGCAAAUUAAAAAAAGACGUCUAACGUUUGAAAAGGACCCUGGGAGAAGUGAUGGUCAAACACGUCUUAAAUUCUUUUAAAGGAAAUGUUUCUUUGGAUCCUGGCCUAAACUCAGAAGAAAGCUGCAAGCUUCUCCAAAGAGGACCCUACCUGCCUUCAGAGCAGCGCACAGG